AUGUGGCAGAAUAAAGCUGAACUACCCAAAUGGAUUGCGGACCUCAACAAUCCGCCCCUGCCCAAGAGCAAGGCGGCGGGUGUUGUGGAUCCCCCAGGCUUUCCCUCACAAACUUCAACCAAGAAAUCGAAUGCCUCGAGAGACAAGGCCCCUCAACGACAACCUCAGACCCCCGCCGAGAUGGAUACGCUCAAGAUCAAGAAGGCGUGGGAAGUCGCCCUUGCCCCCGUUAAGGGUUUGCCCAUGACAGCGAUAAUGAUGUAUAUGUCUGGAAACUCGCUGCAGAUCUUCAGCAUCAUGAUGGUCUGGAUGGCUUUCAAAAAUCCCAUCAUGGGCCUUAUCUCUACAAACCAAGCAUUCGCGCGCUUCGAGUCUGAAACCAACCGUUCUCAAAUCGUACCUAUUAAGCUCAUCUACGUCGCUAUGCAAAUCCUGGCUCUUGGUGUGGGAUCCUUCAAACGGCAGAACUCGCAUAUUUCAAAUCUUCAUAACGAACUGAAAGAUGUCCGCCAAGCCUACCUCUCAACCGCCCAACCGCGCAAGACGCAUCUACGGACAGGCCAAGCUCAAAGAUACUUGACCGACCGAGAUCGAGAAGAAAUAGAUGCCAAUGCGAAGCAGAUAAUUCGUGAGCUCAACGCAAGCAUUCGCAUUCUCGACGACGCUGAGAACAAACGACGCUAUGACGAAGAGGCCGCGAUACGUAGGAAAUACGGGAGCGGUUUCGGGGCCUUGGGGUCCUGGGCGGCGGGAGGCAAGAAAACCGACGAGCACGAGUUAGCCGAGGGGAAAGCCAGGGAUGCCGGUAUCCACCGAGACGGCGUCAUGUGGUUUCUGCGGAAGCGGCUGGAAUUAUGCUGCGCAACGCAGCAUUUGACUGAAGAACAAGUUCAAAUGUUCGAGAAGGGUAACCAGGACAUGAUGACCCAUUACCAAAUGACUCUAGAUAAAGUUCGGACGGCAGAGCAAUCCCUCGUUGAAAUCGCAGAGCUCCAGACUGUCCUAGUAAACAAUCUAGCGGUUCAAUCGGCCCAUAUCGAACAGUUGGUCGCCGACUCGGACAAUAUGGUGGACAAUGUAGGAGGAGGCAAUAAGGAACUAAAAAGGCAACUCAGCGACCUAGCGCCGCAAGGUAUACCUUCUUCGCAGCAGGUGGACUAUGUAUGUUCUUAA